UGACGCUGUCCAACCCUCGGAAGACACCAAGGCUAAAAAUCGGUGAGCAGUGCCAAUGCUUUGCCAGAUACACUUGGAGGAGGAUGUGAUAAAAGGGUGCCCUCAAACCGGCAACAGACUUCCUCCAUCGCCUUCAACUCAUCAUCGGAAUAUCAGCUUGAAAUAGCCUUCAAAAGACCUAUUAGAAAUUAUAUUAGACCAACGAUACCAGAAUUAACCGCCAUGAAUUCCAUCAACGUAGUAUUAGUUCUCUCAUUAGUGAUUAGUCUAGUUUCGGCUGGAUGUUUCACGAGUGGUCAGACGUGGGGAAGUUCGUUGAAUAAGCAGAAAGCCUCUGCAUUCUUGGACGAGGUCUGUAGAGAGCUAGCUGGAAAUUACGAUGCAUCUGCCUCUAGGAGUUCGUGCAAGGAUGGGAACGAUAAUAUCAGAUUCAACUUUAAUAUCCUACAUACUUCCGGCGGAUCCCGUUCCAUCAGCUCAGAAGAAUGUAUCAAUGGACUCAACAAAGAGAUCACCGGCUGUAAUCAAGGCGGGAGGACCAAUGACGGCAAUUGGGAAUUCACCUCCGACCCCAACACAGGUAGUUGCAAAUAAUCGCAUCGAGCCUGCUACGUAACUCGGCUCUGGUUUGGUGUAGAAGCUCAUUCCGAUCAACCGCGCAUUUCGUUCCCGAAUCGCCUGAGCUACCUUCCAUGGGCUGAAAUAAAGCACAAUGUCCCUGGGAGGGGCCUACGCGCCUGGAGUCUUUUUUUCCUCUUUUUUAUUGAGCCAUGGUCUAUUGCCUCAAUGAUAUAAGCAAUCUACAUUGGAAUCGUAUAUCAUAAAACUUUGUCCUGUUCCAUGAAAACACUUCACCCCGGGCAAACCGGGUCAUGAGAGGCAUACAGGUUGCGCGGUCCUGAAUGCAUGUCAUGUGACAGAGGACCUGUCACACAUACAUG